GUUACCAACAAAGUUUACCCCUCCAAAACAGCCAAAAUGAGCAAAAUCUCCAAUUUGUUCAAGGGGGGCUCGGGCUCGAAACACAAGUCGAAGGGAAGCCCUUCGGCCCAGGAGGCCAUCAACAAACUCCGGGAAACAGAAGAAAUGCUUACAAAGAAGCAGGACUACCUGGUAAAGAGGAUAGAGCAAGAAAUUGCGAUAGCCAAGAAGCACGGCACGAAGAACAAGAGGGCUGCCCUGCAGGCCCUGAAGAGGAAAAAGCGUUUGGAGCAGCAGCUCACCCAGAUUGAUGGCACGCUCUCCACCAUUGAGUUUCAGAGGGAAGCUCUGGAGAACUCUCACACCAACACGGAGGUCCUGAAGAACAUGGGCUAUGCUGCCAAGGCCAUGAAGAAGAUCCAUGAGAACACGGAUUUGGGGAAGAUCGAUGAUCUGAUGGCAGAUAACACCGAGCAGCAGGACGUGGCCCAGGAAAUAAGUCAUGCUAUCUCCAGACCUUUUGGGGAAACGUUUGAUGAGGAUGAACUGUUGGCUGAGCUGGAGGAGCUAGAGCAGGAGGACGUUGAUGAAAGUAUGAUGAGUAUGGGCGGACUGCCCAGCGUUCCCAGCUCCAAACUGCCUUCAUCAAGAUCCAAUGAGCGCGCAACAACCAGGAGAAAGGUUGAAGAGGAAGAUGACAUGCGCAUGCUGGCAUCGUGGGGAACUUAAGUACACUAAGGCAGCCUGUUUCCUGAAGAAAGCAUACACAGACCUAUAAAAGGAUCUUUCUCACAGUCUUUUUAUUAUUAUUAUUAUUAUUAUUGAAAGCCAUUUCAAUAAUGAAGAGCAAUAUGUUGUUUUUGAGUAAACUUUCGGCUACAUGCCUAGUAAUAUUUAUCAAGAAGUGAAGGAAUAGGUUUUUGUUCCCAUGUGUGAGGGUUUUUUUUUU